AUGGCGACCGCCAUGCCGACGACUAACAGCCGGCUGGAAAACUAUGAACAGCAGCCGGACAACGACCUCUCGAUACAGAGGCACGAUCCGCGCAGAGCAGAGCCGGACCUUCUGGUAUUGCUGGACAACGCGAUACACCUUCUCGACCAAGCAUUCCAGAGAUCAUGGCGAUGGCUGGAGGCCCAGAUGUCGGUGUCGCAGGCCCGGCAUCUGGGGAGAGAGCGUGGUGAUGGGGGCCUGGGCCUUCUCAGUGCACGGCAACCCCACAAGUAAUGGUGAGAUCCGAUCCUAGCCUGCCACAGCGGAAGCACACGCUGACAGAGAUAGUGAGGCCUCGAAAGCAGAUAAGCAACACCCAUCUGAAGCCACUGCAUGGCACAUGACCCCUGAAGUCUUACUUGCCUGCACAAACACUCGGGAACCCCAGCGGCGGACACGUGGCUCGGCGCCCAGAGGUGGCCUACAUCAAGCGGCAAGGCCCGCACCGCCACCAACAGAAGAAGCUUGAGCAUGGACAUUCCAGACAGAAAAGCAAACAUACAUCAGACGGGAAGCACCAAGGCCAGAUGGCAACCCACAAAGGAGGGCUGAACACCCGCCAUCUUCAGAACUACCAACAAGGCACCUUCAUAUUGGGACUUGCCUCUUUGGGCCGGUCGCCUUGCUCCACAAGAUGGGACUUAGACUUGCUGCCCACCCCAGCUAUAGCACACCAACACAAGCGGGGCAUUAUUGUAUUGUAUGAUGGACAGAUUAUACGUUCCGCUUGUUAG